AUGCCACCCAAAAAGCGUCAGCGAAUCUCGGGUGGUUCCAAUCAGAAGCAGCAAGUGCAACCUCUCAAUGCUGCAGAUGUUGCGCCGGCUCGUUUGCAGUUGAAAGACUGGAUUGAUCUAGUCUACCAGGGUCGCAACGGCUACGCAGAGACCAAGAAGUUCCCUCUCAACGAUGGUGGCAGCUUUCUUGAUUUGGUGCAGCGAGUAUGGGCGGAUGAAGAUGCCCUUGUCGAAGAGUCUUGCGCCUUAGUCAAACGACUUGGCAUUGUGGAUUCUUCUACCACGGACGAUGACUUCAUGAUGAAAUACUUGACUAUGGAGGACAGGCGAAAGUUUCUGGCGGGCACCAUAGGGGGGAUUGAGAGUGGAGAGCUCUUCCGGGAAGAGCUCGCCGGUGAAUCCCUUGGGAUGCGAUUGCUUGAUGAAGACCUGGCUGAAGAGACAACCUAUCACCUGGGGCAGCUGCGCUUUGACUCGGGUGGCAUGAAGGCUUUGGCGGCAGCUGUCUGCUGGGUUGGGUUGCUUCACAUGGUUGGGACUCUGAAAGAUGACGAGGCUACUCAUCCAUCAGUUGUGCAGCUCGCCCGGAGUUUGCUGGGCUUGCCAGCCUUUUACAAACCGCAAACAGAAGACCGAGCAUCUGGGAUGAUCCGGCGCAUCAUUCGCCAGAACGUUGAUGCCAAGAAGCUGGCUGUGAGCAGCUAUGAGUGGUCAAGAAUUUUGGCAUCCAUGAUCAAGGACGGAGAGCAAAUGACCGUCUCCCAGGCUGUAGAGUUGUACAACAGCAAUCCCGAGGUGGUGGCACAUGGCGGAGCGUCCUCCAAGGACUGCGGCCUUGAGACGGUCAGCGGAGAGCCAACAAUUUCAAUAGAUUGGUCCUUACCUAUGACGGGGGAGGCUCAAGGUGCCCUUUUUGCCAGGAUCCGGAUCCAGUAUGAACGUGCCACAGCAAUUGUGGACAACGUUCAAGACCGCAAGCGCUACCGGCAAAAUGAGGAGGAACUCAUGGAACUGCGGAACAUGAUAUGCUUCUGGUUCACAAUCCGCUCAUUUUGCAGCACCAGAAUCAGCACCUUCGCAGAGUUGGAUGCUGCCAUUUGCAAUGGCAACACCAAAGACCACGAAUUUCGAGAGUUGUUGGAGUCGAGACCAAGUCAAUUCGGGGUCUCCAUGCUUCCCUGUGCCCGGAAGGAGGCUGUGGAUCAGGUUCGGGAGCAGGAGGCGGGUGCGAGCUUGGAAGUAGAGAAAGAACGCCUUGCUGUCAGGGAUGCUCGGUGGAGCUUUUUCCAGAGUGCACUCCUUCGAGAUCAAGCGAAGCUUCAACAGGUCCAAUCUGCGCCAGAGCGCUUGGAGGCACUGAAGCACCGCAAGCUCAUGUCUUGGAGGAUUUCCCAAGCUCAAGGAGGAGAACGUGUCAUCAAGGCUUACAAAGACAAAUUUCUUCGAUGCAAUUUAGUUCCCAAAGCUGAGCUGGCACAGCAAAGGAUAAAUGAGUUCCGCCUCUUCGUCGCUCAGAGUGGCAGCUUCAAGGAGUCUGAGAUUCACUGCAUCGUUGUUUGUGACUUGAACGUGCCCGGAGCAAAAUCGACAGAAUCUAUGCAGGAACUCUGCCAGACCAUGCAGUUUUGCAACGACUUGGCACCAACUCGUUCAGUGGCCUUGGUGGAGCUCCCGGAGGUUGCAAAGAAGAGUUCGAAGCGGGGUUUGUGUGAUGAAGAGAGUGACCUUCAGAGUUGCCUUUGGAGCCUUCGCCAGAGCUGCGAUGCCAGGUGGGUGUGCACAUUCGAUGUGCAUCCGGCUGCAGAUGCACAAACAAACCGCAGGCGGUUCAACACUGGACGCCUGGUAUCCAACUUGGACGGUACAAGUGAGAACGUGUUCAUCACAGCCUCUGAACUGGGCUGCUGCGGACGCCCGCUCAUGACCAAUCCCUUGCUGCUCCCAUUGAGCAAAGACCUCAUGAUUCCUGAGAACCUUGAUGUGGAAGCUGACCUGAAGGGAGCGGAGAGGCAGAGGCCAUCUCCAGAGACCUGCCAAGCGCAAAAGGGAGUUGACCGCUGGGUCGCUCUCUUGACAUCUCUCCUGACGACAAGCUCAAAUGUCUUGAAGGGAAAACCUGUCAUCGUGUUGUGCCUCACGGGGUACAUCGAAGAUGUUUUCCAGAUGAGACUCAGCAAGACGGAAUUGAAGGGCGGGUUCCAUACCGACAACUUGUUUUAUCAAUCUGUUGGAUGGAUCAACAGCAAGGACACCUUCGGGCAUUCCCGGCUGACUCGCGAGAUCACCGAUGCCUACAUCCAGCGCAAGUUCGAGCACGGUGGCCAAAGGUACUCCGUGGAUGCUCCCGAACUCACUGAGCAGGAAAUCAAUUCCAUCCCCGGUGCCAAGGCUUCGAUGGGCAGCCUGGAUGAGGUGAAAUUUGAGGUUCUCGAGCGCUCCGGGGACAAAAUGCACAUCAAAGCAGAUGAACAUCGGUUUUGGUCGGCUCAAACUGGGGAGCUCAAGACUACAUAUGAUACUUUGAGGGAGAAGCACCUUGCACUCCUUGCGGCCACAACUACGACUACAAGCUCGGGUACUGAGAGGGCAACAAGUAGUGCUGGGGCAUCCACUGCCGAGAACUCCACAGAUCAGGAUCAAGAGCCACCUGCUUCUGAUUCACAUACUGUUCUGGACUCAUUGUCGAAGCUUGAGCAGGAGAUUAGUGUCCAGUACAAGUGCAACAGCGAGAUCGGACAGGUGGAGUUGAUUGUGGGGAAAGAUGGCAGCAUUUGGCUUUUGGGUGGAGUUGACAAGUCGCUUCCUCGGCAUACCGUCGUGGGCGGUUAUGGAACCGGCCAAUGGGUCAGUGAAGAAGAGAGUGAUCCAGGGGUUCGCUUCGUGAUCACGGACGACAAGGCAUGGAUCCAGCUAGAUGAAAGUUCUUUUGCUGCUGAAGCGCAAGGCUCCUCCACUGUGACCCUCUACAAGUUGCUCAUCCGGGCAGAACGUGAAAAGGGCUUGACAGAACAUCGGUUCAGCUUCCUCGACAUUUCUCGCAAGCAAGACCUCGAGGCUGGACAGGAUGGGUUCAACAUCAAGGUCAAGACUGCAAUGAAGUUCAAAUGUGUUCGGGACCCGAGAACGGCAAGUGGAUCAGAGGAAAAGAUUACCGCGAAGAAUGUCUUCUCAAAAUGCUUGGAGAGGAACAGCGACCUGCUCAUGGACAUCUACAGAUUCCGGUAUGAGAGGGUCGGGCAAAGCUUCAAGGUUCAACGGCCUUAUGUUUGUACCACCCAGCACCUGACCUUGAGCAAGGACAAGCCCCUUAAAGUGACCAAAUAG